UUGGCAGAGGAAUUUGCGCAUCCCGGAGCUAUCGUGAGUACGGCAUGGGUGGCGGAACGGCUGCGCGAACCGUCCGUCGUAGUUGCGGAGAUCGACUCGCACCUGGACGAGACGUAUGAGAUCGGCCACGUACCCGGCGCGGUCGGAUGGGGUUUGCACACGGACAUGGAGCACCCUCUCCGCCGCGAUAUUCCCGACUUGGCGCAGUUCGAGGCACUGAUGCGGCGGUCGGGCAUCGAGCGGAAUACGACGGUGGUGCUGUACGGCGACGGCAACAACCGCUCGGCGACGUGGGCCUUCUGGGUGAUGAAAUACUACGGGCACGACGAUGUCCGCAUCAUGGACGGCGGACGAACGAAGUGGGUGCAAGAGGGCAGACCGUUCGAGAUGGUGGAGCCUGCGGUGGAGCCGACGAAGUAUCGGGCAGGCACCCCCGACCCUACCCUACGAGCUAUGAAGGAGUACGUCGUCGAGAGCCUGGACCGGACUGGAGUCAAGCUACUCGACACACGCACGGUUGAAGAGUAUGCGGGACAGCUAACUUCGGCCCCCGGCACGCCGCAGCCGGACAUCUAUCGGAAGGGACGGAUCCCGGGCGCCGUGCACGUCGCAUGGGACGACGGCGCGGACCAAGACGGCGCCUUCAAACCGGUCGACGAGCUUCGCACGAUGUACUCGGAGGCCGGUAUCGAGGCGUCGGACGAGGUCAUCCCCUACUGCAGGCUGGGAGUGCGCGCGUCGUACAGCUGGUUCAUCCUCAAGUACAUUCUCGGCUUCGACAACGUGCGUGUCUACGACGGGUCGUGGACGGAGUGGGGCAACUCUGCGGGCGUACCGAUCGAGACGGACGAGCCGGUCUGA